AUGUGUACAGAGCAGCGUUUCAGUUAAGGAGUCUGUCACCCCAUUGUGCUGUGUGUAACCCCAUGACAGGAAGUGUUUAAAUCCCUGAGCCGAGACUAACUACAGGAUGUGGAACAUAGCUGCAUUGGUGUUAGUGGUGGCAGGGUCUGCCUCUUGCUACAUCACCUGCCCUGAUGGGAAGGUCUGCUCUGAUCAAUCAACCUGCUGUUUGACUAAAGAAGGAUACGCCUGCUGUCCAGUUACCCAUCAGGUUCCGUGGACAGCACUUGUUCAGGCCUCUGACAGCACCCCACAGGCUGGAGUCAUUCGCUGUGACACAAAAGUCUACUGCCCUUCUGGAACCAGCUGCUGCAAUGGACCGACUGGCAAAUGGAGCUGCUGCCCAUUCCCACUGGGCAAGUGCUGUGCAGAUGGCCAGCAUUGCUGUGAAUAUGGAUACACCUGUGACCCAACCUCAUUCAAGUGCAGGAAAGGUUACUCUCAGAUUCCUUCAGGUCUGAGGGAUGAUGCUAAGCAGGACUGACAAGAUGUCUUAUUAAUUAUAAUGUUGUCACUGUACUGGUAUUGGAUUGAACAAACAUAUUUGCUAGUUUAGCUAACCAAACCAUCAGUCCUAGCUUGCUAUUAUGAAAAUCGAAUUCAACAAUGUUUUCAAUUC